UUCCAAACAAAGCAUAAGUUUAUACUUCCCUUAUCACUUUCUCCCAGCUUCACCAGCGCGCUUCAUACCCAAAAUCCCAAAUGUUCCACCAAAUAUGAACCCUAAUCCUCAAACUCCUCUGCUUGCCUUGCACUGUUCCUCGACAAAUCCUAAGCCCUUACACAUCGUUAUUGAAAAAUCUUCCUGGCUUCCUCACUUUCUCCCUGAUUCAACUUACUUGAACAUGAAGGAAUUUCUUUGAAGGUCGCCAAUUUACAAUCUUUAUGUUGGCAUAAUUUCCAGAUGCUUCACCCUUCACUUCUUGUGCCGAAAGCUCUCUGUUGUAUUCUUGUGAUUUUGGUCUGAGUGACAAUAUGUCGAUUGCAAAGCCUUUUAGGAAGUGGAUUAGUUGUGUUAUCCUUGAUUUAGAUGGCACACUGCUCAACACAGAUGGCGUUGUAGGCAAUGUUUUGAAGUUCUCAUUAGGAAAGUAUGGAAAGGAAUGGGAUGGAAGAGAAGUUCUUAAAAUUGUGGGGAAGACACCAUUUGAAGCUGCUGCUGCAGUUGUAGAAGAUUAUGGACUUCCCUGUUCGACGACUGAAUUUAUUUCUGAGAUUUCGCCUUUGUUCUCUGAUCAAUGGUGCAACAUUAAAGCACUUCCUGGUGCCAAUCGGUUGAUUAAACAUUUGAAGAGUCAUGGAGCUCCAAUGGCUUUGGCAUCAAACUCCCCAAGGGAAAACAUUGAAGCCAAAAUAUCAUUUCAUGAUGGAUGGAAAGAUUCUUUCUCUGUCAUAAUUGGUGGAGAUGAAGUCAGAAAAGGGAAGCCUUCCCCUGAAAUAUUCGUUGAAGCGGCUAGGAGGUUAAGCAUUGAACCUUCUUGCUGUCUUGUCAUUGAAGACUCUAUACCAGGUGUUACUGCAGGUAAGGCUGCUGGAAUGGAAGUGGUUGCUGUACCAUCUCUUCCAAAACAGUCACAUCUCUAUACUGCAGCAGAUGAGGUGAUCAAUUCCCUGCUUGAUUUGCAACUUGAAAAGUGGGGUCUACCUCCAUUUGAAGAUUGGGUUGAGGGAACUUUGCCCAUAGAUCCUUGGCAUAUUAGUGGUCCUGUCAUCAAGGGAUUUGGUCGUGGCUCAAAGGUCCUCGGAAUCCCUACAGCUAAUUUAUCAGCAAAAGGCUAUUCAGAUCUCCUUGUGGAGCAUCCUGCAGGAGUUUAUUUUGGUUGGGCUGGAUUACCUGGGAGAGGUAUUUUUAAAAUGGUUAUGAGCAUUGGUUGGAAUCCAUAUUUCAACAACAAAGAAAAAACUAUAGAACCAUGGUUACUCCAUGAUUUCAGUGAGGAUUUCUACGGGGAAGAACUGCGGCUUGUUAUAGUUGGUUACAUCCGUCCUGAGGCCAAUUUUCCUUCCCUUGAAAGCUUGAUAGCUAAGAUUCAUGCAGACCGUAGAGUUGCUGAGAGAGCUCUUGAUCUUCCUUUGUAUUCAAGUUAUAAGAAUGAUCCAUAUUUGAGAACCUAUUAGUACUGGUUCUAGUAAUAAUCACAUGAAGAAACCCCUGCAUUUCGACUGGGGGUUAUUGAUAGAGUACAAAAUCCUCCUAUUAUUUGACAUUAGCUCCAUGAUUCUAAUUUUAUCAUAACUAAAUUUGAUUUGUAACACGCAUAAAUAGUAAUAAAAAAUAGCUAUUAAUUUCGUUUUA